AACAAGCACACAGGGAAACUCCCAAAUAAAUAACACCCUUUUGGAUACUGAGCAGUCCCCCUCCCUUGUGUUUCUCCUUUCAUAGAGAUUAGAGAGAGGUGUAUCAAGCAAGAUCUUUAGGCCUCUCUUCCUUCCUCACAAUCUUUGGUUUAUAAUGAAAUGAACCAAGAUCUAAACCUCUUCUUCUCCGAAGAAGAUGGCUAAGUCAAAUGCUCAACUACAACAACAAAACCCUACUUUCCUUCUUGAUGCUCUCUACUGUUCAGAAGAGAAUUGGGAGGAAGAAGUCAGUAAUGACUACUUCCAAGAAGAACUAGAAGAAAACUAUUAUUUUAGUAACAGCAAGCCUAUUCAAUUACCAAUCUUGCUAGAACAAGACUUGUUUUGGGAAAAUGAUGAAGCUUCCACAUUAUUAUCCAAGGAAGUACCAAACCAUCUGUGUAAAAACCUGGAAACUAACCCACCUCGGGCAAAGGCUCGCCGUGAGGCUGUUGAGUGGAUGCUCAAGGUCAAUGCCCACUUCUCUUUCACUGCUCUCACUGCAGUUCUUGCUGUCAACUAUCUUGACAGGUUCCUGUUCAGUUUCCACUUCCAAAGAGAUAAGCCGUGGAUGACACAACUGGUUGCUGUGGCUUGUCUUUCUCUUGCCGCCAAGGUGGAGGAGACACAAGUGCCACUCUUAUUGGACCUACAAGUGGAGGGAAGUAAAUAUGUAUUUGAGGCCAAAACUAUCCAGAGAAUGGAGAUUUUGGUUCUCUCCACGCUUAAAUGGAAGAUGAAUCCGGUGACGCCACUUUCUUUUCUCGAUUACUUUACAAGGAGAUUUGGGCUAAAAGACUAUAUCUUUGGGGAAUUUCUCAAGAGAUGUGAGCGUACCAUUCUCUGUGUCAUUUCAGAUUCUAGGUUUAUGCAUUAUCUACCGUCUGUAAUGGCCACUGCUACAAUGCUUCAUGUUGUCGAAAGCAUAGAACCCUGUCUUGGAGUAGAAUAUGAAAAACAGCUAUUGGACAUUCUAGCAAUCGACAAGGACAAGGUAGAGAAGCUGAAAAUGGAAUUGGCAAUAGAAGGGUAUGGCAACAAAUCCAAUAAACGCAAGUUUGGUUCCAUUCCAGGCAGUCCAAACGGCGUAAUGGAAGUGUCGUUUAGCUCUGAUAGUUCCAACGAUUCGUGGGCAGUGGCAUUGUCAGUGUCUUCUUCGCCUGAACCACUAUCCAAGAAGAGCAGGGCUGAGGAUCAGCUCUUCCAGAGGCUAAACCAUGCUACUCCGGAUUUUGUUACCAUUCCUCGCUAGCUAGCUCCUUCAUUAGUUAUCUAUCCUUUCUUAUGAACUUUAUAAGUCUCUGUAAUAAUAUAUACUGUUCUUUUUUAUUAUCUGCAAGUUAAAGUGCUUACCAUCUCUGCAUUUCCUAACCUUAGCCGAAUUCCGGUGCUUUGCAUUUCUUUUUGGGCGAUGGAUACGGAAAUUUGAAUUAGAGAUGGUUAGCAUUUUAUCCAGACGGAAGUUCAAAGAACAUGGACAUAGCAAUGAAGAGUCCUUCCAUUUAU